GUGGCUGGCCGGGGCUGACUGCUGAAUGAAAGGGCCUGUUGCUCUCCACCACCGUUCGUUUUUUUGUCCCACAAAAGAGCACAUGUCCAGAGCAAACAUAGGAAGGCUCUCCAACAGUCAAGCACCAGGGGGAAGGGACAGAAUCACCACUAUACACAGACCUUUUGGAAUUCUGCAUCACUCCAUUACUUAGCCCUACAGGUGGCAGGGUGAACUACCAUUGCUAUGAGCGGGGUAAGUGUAAAGGGAGUUGAGCUGAUGUCCCGGUGGCUGUUGGUCCUACUGGUCCUACUCGCACCCCGACAUGGGAACACACACCCCCAGUGCUUGGAUUACAAGCCCCCCUUCCAGCCACGGGAGCCUCUGGUCUUCUGUAAGGAGUAUGCCAAGUUUGGUUGCUGUGACCUAGAGAAAGAUGACAAGAUCUCCCAGAACUUCUACAAGAUCAUGGACUACUUUGACUACUUGGGUUACGUGACCUGUGCGAAAUACAUACGCACCAUCCUCUGUCAGGAGUGCUCUCCCUACUCUGCCCACCUGUAUGAUGCUGAGGAUGCCAACACGCCCAUGAGGGAGCUGCCAGGCCUGUGCGGAGACUACUGCUCUGAGUUCUGGCACCAGUGCCGCUACACCAUUAGCCUGCUCACCGAUAACAACGCCACGGUGGGCAUAGAGGAGGACCGCAAUAAGUUCUGUAACUUCCUGGAACUCAAAGACAGGGAGUACUGCUACCCUAACGUGCUCUCUGACGACAAGCUCAAUGCCAACCUGGGAGAUGUUCGGGCGGACCCCGAGGGCUGUCUGCAGCUGUGUCUGCAGGAGGUGGCCAACGGCCUGAGGAACCCAGUGGCAAUGGUCCAUGCCGACGACGGGACCCACCGCUUCUUUGUGGCCGAGCAGCUGGGCUACGUGUGGGCGUACCUGGCCAACGGCUCCCGUAUUGACCGGCCCUUCCUCAACCUGACCAAGGCAGUGCUGACCUCGCCCUGGGCGGGGGAUGAGAGAGGCUUCCUCUGCAUGGCCCUCCACCCGCGCUUCACGGUGGUGCGGAAGGCCUAUGUCUACUACUCAGUGUCUGUGAAGAAGGAGGAGAGGAUCCGCAUUAGUGAGUUUACACUGUCCGCUGAUGAUAUGAACCAACUAGACCACUCCUCAGAGAGAACUAUUUUGGAAGUGGUGGAACCUGCCUCGAACCACAACGGGGGCCAACUUCUCUUCGGGCACGAUGGCUACCUCUAUAUCUUCAUCGGUGAUGGCGGAAGAGCAGGGGACCCCUUUGGCAAGUUUGGGAACUCUCAGAAUAAGUCCACUCUGUUGGGCAAGGUGCUGCGUCUCGAUGUGGACAACAACGAUGACAUGGACCCCUACAGUAUCCCGUCGGACAAUCCUUUCCUGGGGGAGAAGAACUCGCUGCCUGAGAUCUAUGCCUACGGGGUGCGUAACAUGUGGCGCUGCUCCAUCGACCGGGGCGACCCCAUCACCGGGCAGGGUCGUGGCCGACUGUUCUGCGGGGACGUGGGGCAGAACAAGUUUGAAGAGGUGGACCUCAUCGUCAAGGGUGGCAACUACGGCUGGAGAGCCAAGGAGGGCUUCUCCUGCUAUGACAACAGGCUGUGUCGCAACUCCUCUCUUGAUGACAUUCUACCUAUUUUCGCUUACCCCCACAAACUGGGGAAGUCGGUCACUGGAGGCUACAUAUACCGAGGCUGCCAGAUGCCUAAUCUCAAUGGCCUCUACAUAUUCGGGGAUUUUAUGAGUGGGCGCCUAAUGUCACUGAAGGAGAACCAAAGCACUGGGAAGUGGGAGUACAAGGAGAUCUGUAUGGGAAAAGGCCAGACGUGCCGAUUCCCCAAACUCAUCAACAGCUAUUACAAAUACAUAAUCUCCUUUGCUGAAGAUGAGGCAGGGGAGCUGUACUUCCUGGCAACUGGAGCUCCCAGUGCGUCUGCCAGAGCGGGGGUGAUCUAUAAGAUAGUAGAUCCAUCCAGGAGAGCACCUCCAGGCAAGUGCAGCUUCAAGCCCACUCUUGUCAAGAUUAAGGGCAAGCUGAUUCACUUCCACCCGACGGAGGAGUUUGUCAUUGACAAGAAGCCGAUGACCACCGCUGUGCCCACUACUACGGCUAGAACAACAGCUACUACCACUCUCCGUACUCCUCCGACCACCAUGCGUUCUACGAAGACAAGACCUACCUACAGACCGCCAACUGCAACCCUGAAGGCUACCGCUAAACCUGCAACGACGCGGGCUACAAUGAAACCUUCAACGAUGAGGGCUACUAUUAAACCUGCAACGACGCGGGCUUCAGUUAAACCUUCAACGAUGAGGGCUACUAUUAAACCUCUGACGACGCGGGUUACAGUGAAACCUUCAACGAUGAGGGCUACAGUUAAACCUUCAACGAUGAGGGCUACUAUUAAACCUCUGACGACGCGGGCUACUGUUAAACCUGCAGCAACACCUUCCAACCCCACCUCAAUGCAGCAGAGGCCUACUGGUACCGCUACACCUGCCCUGACCACCUCAUGGAGGCAGGUAGUGACGGCCAGACCAGGUCAUGCCACCACUCUUUCCCGGCAGAGAAUGUCGUUGUCCUACACCAGGCCUACUGUUACCCCGAAGCCCCGACCACGGUUGACAACUGGAGCCAGAAGGCCCUCUCCACCAACAGCACGACCCUUGACCCGACCACAACCACACGACACGGUCAGACCCCCACCACUAGGGGAUACGACCAACCGGCCCCAGACCACACCAAGGCCCAUGUACUGUACAGCUUCAACAAAGCCCACCACCCAGAGGCCUAACUUCACCCUCUCAAAGGUCCAGGACAAGCUCCUGAAAGGCCAGAGUGACAAGAUAGACCGUUCCACAAGGAACCGGUUCAACAAGAAGGACCGGGGCUCCCAACCUGGGAAGCAGCGGCGCCGGAAGCACCGGGCUGGGUCUGUGAGGCUGAUCAGUGCAGAGCAGCUAUCGGACCGUGGGAGGGUGGAGAUUUACAUACGGGGGGAGUGGGGUACAGUGUGUGAUGACUUGUUUAGUAGUAAAGCGGCCAUGGUGGUGUGCCAGCAACUAGGAUUCCCUGUAGCCCUGCGUGUGGCUAAACGGGCAGAGUUGGGGGGCGGGAGUGGCAGUAUCCUGCUAGAUGAUGUGGAGUGUGAAGGCACAGAGAGGACUUUACUGGACUGCAAACGGGCAAUGGUGGGCAAGCACAACUGUGCACACGAUGAGGAUGUGGGGGUGGUGUGUGGCUACCACCACGACGAGGAUAAAUAAUGAGCCAAAAGACGUCUGACUGGGGGAUCAUUGCUACUCUCCUGUGCAUGAACAGAAUCUUCCUCUAUGUACUGUACUUCAGGGCACAAACUGUGGUCAGACACAUCUCACCCUUCUACUCCCCCGCACAUACUCACACACACUGCGAAUUCAAGAUGAUUAACAACAAUUGUUGAUUGUAGACUAGACAUCCUGAUACUUUACUUCAGAGGCAGAAUCCCUUUCCUUCCUUGCCUCUCUUCCAGAAAAAAGUGUAUCACUUUACAAUACUGUCCUCUGCUGGAAGAAAUGGCAUAUAUUUAUAAUUAUAAUGUUUUACAUUGUAUGAAUAUGUGUGUUUUCUUUUUCAUAAAACAAAAUUCUACAUGUGAAGAAGUGAUGUCAAAAUAAUAAUUAUAAUGAUAAUGAAAAGGAAAAUGCUGGACAUUGUGUGCUUUAUUAUUGUAAAAUUUGACUGAUUAUAUACCGUAUGUAAACUGUUUAAGGCCAUUGAGACGAAUAAAUAGAGAUUUCAAUUGAA